GGAUAAGUGGAGGUCAGUGCCACGGAUCAGGUGAACUGAAAGUGCACAGUGCUCAGCCUCAACAGAGCUGAGGCUAGACAUAUUUUCUAGUCCUGCCUCCUCCUCCUUUACAUAGACGAGACAGCGUACCUGUAGUCAUUCACCUUGCUACUCCCGUGGCUUCGCGUAACACUACUCGGUAAGCAAAGGGAGCAUUGGAUUGAGAUAAAAGACAGGGGAUACAAGAUAAAAGACAGGGGAUACAAGGUGCGCGGUUAGGGGACGCUAGCUGUAGGCCUAUUGAUGAAUCCUGCUAUGAGUCAAGUUCAAAAACCGUCAAAUUGAGAGAAUCUUACAAGAUGGCAAAGUCCUCGGAACAGUUUGAUGACCCCGACUGUGUUUGUUCCUUCGGUAUGAAGUUAACGUGGGAUAUCAACGACCCAAAACUGCCUCAGGACGCAAAGCAGUAUGACGCUUUUCAGGAGUGGACGGAUGGUUAUGUGCGUUACAUCUACAAUGGCGAGGACAAGAACGCACAGCGCCACCUGAGCGGAUGGGCCAUGCGGAACACCAACAACCACAACUGUCAGAUUCUCAAGAAGUCCUGCCUGGGUGUCGUAGUAUGCGGUCGAAACUGCACGCUGGCUGAUGGAAGCAAACUCCAGCUCAGACCGGCGAUUUGCGACAAAGCACGACAAAAACAACAAAGUGGUUGUUCUCCAGAGAAGCUGUGCCCCAGCUGUAACUCUGCCCUGGAGCUGAUGCCAUGUAGAGGACACAGUGGCUACCCCGUCACCAACUUCUGGAGAAUAGAUGGAAAAGUCAUAUUCUUCCAGGCCAAGGGAGUCCAUGACCAUGCCAGACCGGAGAGUAAGUCUGAGACGGAGGCCCGGAGAAGUGCAGUGAAGAGGAAAAUGUCCUCUCCACACUUCUCCCAGAAGAGGAGGCUGAUAGAGUCAGAUACUGGGAGAUACCAUGACCUGGGUGCUCCUUUCCCCAACCUGCACCAGCUGUCCUGCAUGGAGGGCCCUGACCGCUUCAGCAUCAUCGCUGAGUCCAACUUCCCCUUCCAGAACCCUGAGCCCUACAAGACCCAGCACUACCCGCCCUUCCAGAAUCCUGAGCCCUACAAGUUUGCCUACGACUCCCAUGCCACCCUGGGUGAGGCCCCCUCCACACUCCAGAAGCCGGCCAACCACCGUCUGUACAUGCCCAGGCCUCCAUGUAGCUACGACUUUGCUGUGCCUGGCUAUUUAGGCUCUGGCUCCUACACAGCCCUCUACAAGGACCCCAGUAGCCACCAGGUAGAGGCCCCUGAGCCCAGCAAGGUGAGCUUAGGCCUGGGUACCAGCACCACCACACCCCACACUACCGGCACCCUCUCGGGCCAUGACCGCAGCAGCUACGACACUCCCAGCAGCAAGCAUCACGGCUGGAAGCAGAUCCUGGGCAAGGGGACAUACGGGGAGCGGGGUGAAUAUGGGCAGCUCCCUGGCAACGCCAACCACCACUACUACAACAGUGAGUAUCCAUGCAGGACCCUGACGGGCCCAGUGCCAGCCACGCCCGCCUCCCUGCAGACCAUCAUCACCACCACCACCAAGGUGUCCUACCAGCCCUGCCCCAAGCCAUCCGUGGUCAAAUACGGCGAUAACAUGUACGACGUUAAGGGCCUGCCCAACUGCAGCUCCUUGCUCGAGGACACCUCGCCCUCCUCCUACUCUGAUCUAAAGAUUACAGAAGAUUCAGGGGUCAUCAAAUCGGCGCUGUCGUACCAACCGGAAACCCUGCCAGCCAAAAUCGAGAGGGCAGAGAACUUUGACACUUACCGAUACAGCAACUACGCGUCCAACAGCUAUCCCGACAGGGUUUCUCAUCCGCUUAGGUAUGACGGAGUAGGGUACUAAUAGCUCACACCAACAGAUCAGAGAAUAGGGAGAUAUGACAGAGGAGUACAUUUGAUAGUUGUAACCUGUAUACAAAUGGUCAGAAAGAACACUUGGAACAGACUUAAUGACACCUUUUAUCAGGUUUGUGAAUAUCUAUUGUUAUUUAUAUAUUUGAGGUGUUGGAAUGCAUUUGGACUGCUAGUGAUGACAGUCAUCUAGGACAUUCACAACAUUUCCCAAUUUGCAUUUAAUGCAUAAGGAAAAGCCACAAAUGAGUUAUUAUGCAGGUUGACCUUUAUUGUCAUGAGUCUUGCCCUGGGGGCAGAACUGAACAGUUUCUGCUAGAUGGGCCAGCUGUAUGUCAAAAUUGACAAUAUCUUAAAAAUUCAUGAAAACAAAAAAUGUUGCUUUUUAGUCUUAAAGGGAUACUUUGGGAUUUUGGCAAGGAGGCCAUUUAUGUACUUCCCCAAAGUCAGAUUGACUCGUGGAUACCAUUUUUAUGUCUCUUGAGUCCAGUAUGAAGGAAGUUAGAGGUAGUUUUGUGAGCUAAUGCUAAAUAGUAUUAGCACAAUGACUGGAAGUCGAUGGGUAUCUGCUAGGCUCCAGGAUUAUCAGUGUGGUUAGGAUUAAGGUUAGGGUUAAAAUCAGAUUUUUUUACUUUGUGGCUGUGCCAGCUAGUGACCACUCUGCAGAGCUGCCUCCAGUACACAAGUCAUCCCAAUAAAUGCCAACCUGCUGUUAUUAUUGCCUUUGGAUAAAAUAAAAUAAAAUAAAUCAGUUUAUUGUGUUUGUAGAACAGGUAUUUUGUCUGUGUUACGUUAUAUUCCUAUGGCACUGGAAUAAAUGUUGUAUAGAUUGGGAUGAGCUACAAAAGCAUAAUGAAUGUGCUCUUGCUACCAGUGCAACUGUAGAUACAGUCUUGAACAGUACAGUCUCUGAACAUAAUUAUGUGACAUUAAAAUUCAAUAAGCUCCCACUAUAGAUUUGACACA